AUGCCUCAAAUUAAUUGUGUUUUGUUGUGGUUAGGCAAAGGAAGGAUGAUGACGGAGGUGCAGGAUGCCGACCUUUCACCAGUUACAUUUGCAUGUUCUUCAUCAUCAUCAUCAAGAAGAUCACAUAAUUUUCCAAAUGCAUUACAUCACUUGAUCAUUUUCCUUCUUGUAGUGUCCUUGAUCACAUUUGUAUCGGCUCAACCGGGAGAUGUGGACGACAAUGACGAUGCCGGCCCAGAUCAUCAUUAUCUUCCCGAUGCAAAGAGCUCUUCGGAGGCCCUCUUCAACUUUAAAAGCUCGCUAUCUACAUCUUCAGCUAAAGGAAAGGAUGUACUCGGGUCUUGGGUUCCAUCCACAAGCCCCUGUACCGGGGACAAUGCCAAUUGGUUGGGAGUGAUUUGCUUUGAAGGGGACGUAUGGGGUUUGCAACUAGAAAACUUGAACCUGUCAGGGGCAAUUGAUAUAGAUUCCCUGCUCCCAUUGCAUUUCCUGCGGACCCUAAGCUUUAUGAACAACAAUUUCAAAGGGGGAAUGCCUGAUUGGAAUAAACUUGGUGCCCUCAAGUCAUUGUACUUGUCCAAUAAUAACUUCUCCGGUCAGAUCCCCGAUGAUGCCUUCAAGGGUAUGACUUAUCUCAAGAAACUUUAUUUAGCCAACAACCAAUUCACAGGCAACAUCCCCACCUCCCUCGCUACCUCCUGCCCCAGGCUCUUCGAGUUGACCCUCGAAAACAACAAAUUCACUGGCUCUAUACCUGAUUUCCCCCGCAGAGUUCUCAAACUCCUCAACGUAUCCAACAACCAACUCGAGGGUCCAAUCCCUCCUUCUCUUUCCUUAAUGGAUCCAACAACAUUUGCAGGGAACAAAGGCAUGUGUGGGAAGCCUUUGGAAUCAAUUUGCAAAUCCCCAAGUCCAGAAGCAAAUAGUGCUACUCCUAGCAGUCUCAACUCUACUAUCAGCAGCCAAUCUGGUGAUAUAAAUAAGAAGUCGCCCUCUCUCCUGAGUAGAGUGAUGUUGAUCGUUGCAGUUUGUUUGGUGGUCUUAUGUCUCGUAAUUGUGUUAAUUCUUAUCAUUUGCCGCCCCAGAUGCCAAAAUAAUCCACAACUCAUCAGCCGGGCUGUUGAGUCAAGUAAUAUCGGUGGGGAUCAAAACACCUUUUUAUCAUCAGCUCUUCCCGAUUUGAAGAUGAGCGUCAACCCAACUUAUGCAAGACACGACAACAGUAAUAAGGCAGCAGAGGCACCAGCAGCAGCACCAGGCACAGUAGUAGUGGGUAAGUUGUCCUUCGUUAGAGAUGACAGGACACGAUUUGAUCUACAGGACUUGCUAAGAGCAUCAGCGGAGGUGCUUGGCAGUGGGAACCUAGGGUCCUCUUACAAGGCACUACUUAUGGAUGGGCAAGCUGUUGUGGUGAAGAGGUUUAAGCAAAUGAACCAUGUCGCUAAAGAAGACUUCCACGAGCACAUGAGGAGGUUGGGCAGACUAAGCCACCCCAACCUACUCCCCCUUGUCGCCUAUUAUUAUAGGAAAGAAGAGAAGCUGCUUGUUUAUGACUAUGCCUCCAAUGGUAGCUUGGCCAGUCACCUCCAUGGCAAUCACUCUAGGCUGGACUGGUCAAGCCGCUUGAAAGUCAUAAAAGGAGUUGCAAAGGCAUUGGCAUACCUUCACAAUGAACUGCCAAGUCUAGCACUUCCGCAUGGUCAUCUCAAGUCAUCAAAUGUACUUCUGGACAAAUAUUCUAAUCCCUUGUUGAUGGAUUACACAUUGGUUCCCCUGGUGAAUCUCUCGCAAGUCCAACAUCUUCUAGUGGCUUACAAAUCCCCCGAGUAUGCACAACAAGGCCGCAUCACGAGGAAGACUGAUGUUUGGAGCCUUGGGAUUCUAAUACUAGAGACCCUCACCGGUAAACUCCCAACAAAUUAUCUCGCUCUCAGCACUGGUUAUGGCACCGAAUUGGCUACCUGGGUCGACACCAUCAUUAAAGAUAAUGAAUCGGCUUUUGAUAAAGAGAUGGACCAGCUGACUCAUCAAGGACAGAUCCGAAAGCUCUUCAACAUUGGAGUGGCUUGUUGUCAAGAAGAUUUGGAUACAAGGUGGGAUCUCAAGGAAGCUGUUGAAAGUAUACAAGCCUUAAAUGACAAGGACGAUCAAGUUGAUAUUGGAGUUUAA